CACAUCAACUUUGGAGCAGUCGGAUUGAACAAAACAGUGUGUCUGCUUUGUAUAAUUGUAGUUUAGCGAAACGACAGGUCUCCUGGGUGAGUGGAAAAUGUAUCGACGAGCUCCAAGAGUAACAUUUGUGGCAACAAGUGGAACUCCAGCUAAAGUUGGACCCGGAUCGUACGGCGUCAGCCCACAGCGGUACAGAGUGACAGAUGGAUAUGCUCCAUUCUUGUCCAUGAGCUCCAGGUCAUCAGUAGUUAGUGAAACCGCAGAUACAGUACCAGGACCUGGAUAUUACGACCCACGGCCUGUCAGGCUCCACGCCCACAGUGGCUGCAGUCUGCAGAGCGCCUGCAAGCGUUUUGAAGAAGAAGUCACAUCAGAAGUUCCCGGCCCCGGCGCCUACAAUGUGUCGCCGGCCUCAGCAUGUACACCCAGGGCUACUGCAGCUAACGCAGGACAGCUCGGCAGAAAAAUGGGUAAAAGUCUCCAGCUAGUUCGUCAGCCAUACCUGUAUAUCCCAUCCAUUCCUUCCCCGGGCCAGGCCUUGGGCUACGAGGAGGAUGCCCAGGGUGUGCUCUGCAAGCAGGAGCCCCCUCUCAGGGACACAACCCUGGGGCCAGCUUACUACAAUCCAGCAGUGACAGAGAGGAUUUUCUCGAACUAUAAAGGGGUUCAGUUCGGCAACAAAACAGGAAGAACUGAUGUGAGAGCAGAGACAGGACCAGGUCCAGGACAUUAUUUCCCUGAGAUAGUCCCAGAAUUGCACUGUGAGGAUGUGAAUGUUCAAAAGAAGCCCAAAGGCAGAGCCGAGCUUAUCAUCCCUCGGUACCACGAACUGUUGGCCCAGCAGGAGGCGAAGAAGGGAGUUCCUGGUCCGGGGCAUUACCACAUCAGAGGUCUGUUUGAGAAACUGGUCCAGUCCAGCAGCAAGUUACCAAAGAUCACCGUGCCCUUCCUCUCACGGAGCGAGAGGUUUAUUCCUGUGAAAGAAAUGUCGCCCCCUGUUGGUACUUAUAAUGACCAACGUUGUGCCACGGAGUGGUUAAAAAGGAACGCAGGAGUGAAAAAAAGCCCAUUUUGCACCACAGCGGAGCGUUUUGGUUCUGACAGGAGAAGAAGACCCACACCAGGUCCAGGUUCCUAUAAUAUCUUCGAACAUGGUUUAGCCAAUGAAAGUUUUAAAAAGGCACAAUCAGGGCAAAUGAGGAAAGGAGGCUUUGGAUCCUCUUCUCAGCGUAUCUCCAUCUUCUACAACAAGAAAUCAGAAGAAACCCCAAGUCCUGGACAGUAUAUGAGUCUGUUAAGCACGCUAUUGGCUUACUACGUGUACACGCGACAAGACGUGAUUGGCCGACACGGCUUCAACUGGAAGGAGAUGAAGACGUGUGACAGAGACUGA